UUGUGUGAUGAUCUUUACCAAGCUUCUGUGGGAGACAUUGUUCUCUGCCAAAUAAGAGCAUCUUCAUAUAGCUAUGAUAUUGUGAAGUGAUUACACACUUAGGACUAAUUGCUUUAAGAUAAACAGAAAAUAGAAGAGUCCAUUAGUACUUGAAUGUCGUGCAGAACGAAGCAAAAAGGGGCCCGCAAGAUGGGUUGGCUGAGCAAGAGAGGAGGUAGGAUACACACCUGGCACAAGAGAUGGUUCGUGCUGACUGGAGACCUCAUGUUCUACUACAAAACUCCCCAGCUGCAGGAUAACCGACCUACUGGAACCAUUCCUCUGGCUGGAAACAAAAUUAUACGUCACCCUGACGACCCAAAACAGCAACAAGGAUUCAAGUUUGAGAUCCAGUCUGGGAGUGCAGGUCAGGUGAUCACCGGUAACCAUAACACGUACGUUAUUUCUGCUGACUCGGCAGAACUAGCAGACGAGUGGGUGGCUGCCAUUAGACGAGUCAUGGUUGAGCCGUACGGUGGGGGUAUGUUUGGGAGAAGCCUCUCGGAGACGAUGCAAGUGGAGGCUAGACUGGGGGGUCAGUUUGUGCCCAUUCUGCUCCAUCGCUGCGUCAACUUCCUACGGGAUCACGGUCUCACGGAGGUUGGCAUAUUCCGACUACCAGGCCAGGCCAGUCGUAUCCACACACUCAAAGAGACCUAUGACUGUGGCUCCCAGAAAGACUUCUCCACCACGGAGGAUAUUCACACAGUGGCCUCUUUGCUCAAGCUCUACCUCAGAGAGCUGCCAGAGCCAGUCAUACCUCACGUGUACUAUGAGAGCUUCAAGCAAGCAACACGAUGUUUUGAGAACAGUCCUGUUCAGUGCAAGGAGCAGGUCAAGAGACUGCUCAUUCAAAUACCUCAAGUCAACUUGAACGUCAUCAAGUACCUCAGUCGCUUUUUGCAUGAGGUACAGGAACACUCUAAGGAGAACAAGAUGACCAGUCUCAACCUGGGCACUAUAUUUGGGCCCCACCUCCUAGCCCCUCAGACAAAUGACCCUCAACUGCUAAUGGAGAGCACAAGUGUGUCCACGGACUUUAUUCGUAUUCUCCUCACGUGGCACGAAGAGUUGUUUCCUGUCACGGCUGACGAGAGAGCACCUAAAAGACUCUCUGUACUCAUACCUGGUGAACUGGACUCACUGUCUGCCUGGAGCUCUAAGCUCAUGCAACACUCACUCUACCAGCCCAAGCCACAGAAACACCGCUUCAGACCACGACAAAACUCCGCCCCUCCGAACAGAAAGAAGGAGCACAAGGGACGAUUUGGUAAGGUGGCGUCCAUGGUGGAGCAGUUCAACCUCCGCACCAACUCUAAGCACAUCACGGAGUCACUAUCCAGCACCAACGUCACAAUCAGUGGACCAAUCAUCGAAGAUCAAGAGAUCUCACUCAACGGACAUAUUCCUAUAACAACAGCGGAACUCCACAGCAGUAACGAGGGGUCGUCACUCCCUGACAACUCUCUCUGGAAGAAUAGCCCGCUCUACACUCCUGAUUCAUCAGAGGAGGAUGAUCAAGAAGAUGUGUUCAAGAGUCUGUCUUAUGGAGCUCUCCCCAACUCCGACACCAUGUCCUCCGAUAUGAUCGUCAACUCUAUUAGUACAGAGCUGGAGAUGCUUGAGAGACAGUUGUCAGUGGCGAGAGAGGAGGCAAGUCGCUACAAAAAGUCCGCCAGACUCUGGAAGACACGCUACGAACAAGAGUACAGAGCAAGGUUGGCUACAGAGGAGCAGGUGAAAGGGCUCCAGGCAAUGAUUGACGACACAUUCCAACAGUUUGCCCUCGACGACUCAGAGGAUGAAGAUCUCUUCUCGGAUGAGGGGAGUGGUUUCAGCCUGACACGCCCCCUAACAGGACACACCCACUCAACCCCAGAAUUGAGUAACACCACAUGACGUAUAUUGCUGCACUUGUUUUUAUAUCAGAUACCAGUUAUAUAUAUAAAUUUUUAAUGUCUGUUUCUAAUAAUAUUAUCAUAGCCAGUGUUCAAUAAUUUUAUUGUUGUGCGUG